UUGUACAGAUGGAGCAGGCUUAAUCUGUUGUAGAACUGUACAGUGUAUUAUUGGAGCAUAUGAACUGUAUUUUCAAACCUUUCGAUCCUCAACAACGUUGCCAAUGACGACAGGAUUCCCAGGUCAUACUAAGGUCAACACUUCUAACCCAAUCACAUUUAAGCACACUAGUGUAGCCACGCCUACAACAACAUCCAAUGUAUCAACUUUACAUUCCUUCACUACGACCACCACAACAACACCUUCCUCAAGCAGUACAUAUUCUACCUCGUCCUUAAGAGCGAAUUCCACAGAAGCUACAACUCCUUUGAUUCCCAGAGGAACAACUGGAUCUGUUUCUUCUGCGACAACUAUUUCAUUUUCAACUGAUCCUCCAAGUAACUGCUCCGAUAGUAUAACAAAUUGUGACACUUUAAAAGGGUACGGUGUGUGCCACGCGAUUCCAGAACAAAGAUACAAUUACGAUAUCGCUUUCCUGCAGUGUAGGUCAACUUGUAACCUUUGUACAGAAGAAUAUAAGCCACCUGUUACAACUACCCCUCGACCGGCUAUUCACUGUCAGGUGUGUGGGGACUAUAACAAUGAUAUUCCUUGUGAUACUCGUAGUAUUUACAUUGGGCCAACCGUCUCCUGUUCAGGCAACAAUAAUUACUGCAUGACGGACAUAGUGCAUAGCCAUUCCAACACAAAGGUCUUCAAAAGGUGCGUGAAUGAGACUGUAUGCCGGAACCAGUGGUUAUCUCAGACCUCUGACCAGGACCAUUGUACUAACUAUGGUCACGUGCCAGUCAGCGGGGAUUACACGUGUCACUUCUGCUGUACCUCUAACCAAUGUAAUCAGGGCUUACUGCCACAAUCAUCCACUCUGUAUUCCAAAUCCUGAUUGGUUGUUUGAUGUAGAAUUCAUUUUAAUCAACUCAAUAAAUAUUGUUGAAAUUCCA